AUGCAAUGCAAUUACUUGUUUCCUUGGCUAUGGCCUAUUCGGCCGUGGUCCUCCACAGUUCUAUACUGGACUGCUGCUGCAGCCAACAAUGACGUUGUGAACCGGACCAGCUGCGGCAGUCAUACUUACACCUAUUCCGGCCUGGCUGGCUAUGGCUACAUUCCUUCCAACGCCACAGACAAGUAUGGCGACACUUUAGGUGGCUUUGGCAGCUCGGCCGCCUUUGACUUGGACUCCUGGCGGCGCAUUGGGCCUGAAACUUAUACCGGACUGCUUUACUGCAUCCCCGAUCGUGGCUGGAAUACGAACGGCACUCUCAACUACCAAGCCCGCGUCCAUACACUCAACGUCACCCUCCAUCUAACCAGCAACAACAACUCCGCCAAUCGUCCAUCCAGACCCAACCUACAGCUAACUUACCUCGACUCCCUCCUGCUCACCGAUCCCACCGGCAAGCCACUAACCGGACUCGACGCCUCGGCCGAUUUCAACGACACCCUCAACUAUCCAGGAUUCCCACCGCUACCGGCCGCGAUCUACACCGGCAAUGGCUUCGACGACGACUCCAACAGUGGCCACGGCGGUCACCGCGUCUCCCUGGACGCGGAAGGCCUCGUCCUCACCCCGGACAGCUUCUGGAUCUCCGACGAAUACGGGCCCUACGUCUACCGGUUUGACCGCCAGACCGGCCGGAUGAAGACAGCCAUCGAGCCCCCAGCAGCCUACAUCCCGCACCGCAACCAUUUCAUCAGCUUCAGCGCCGACAGCCCCCCCAUCUACGACCCGAACGACACCCCCAUCCCCGAAGACCCUGCAACUGGCCGCGCGAACAACCAAGGCUUCGAGGCCUUGACCAUCUCCCCGGACGGGAAGACCCUCUACACGAUGAUCCAAUCCGCUCUGGACCAGGAGGGCGGCACCAGUAAGAAGUACCGUCGUCCCGCGCGUCUCCUGCAGUACGACAUCUCCGCGGAGAUCCCGGUCCAAGAGCACGAGUAUGUGGUCAUGUUACCCACGUACUACGAUUACACCAAGGGUCACGACGUGGUGGCCGCGCAGUCUGAGAUACACCUGCUUCCGGCCGUCGCCGCCGCGGGGGAUCCAGACGACAAGGCAUUCUUGGUCCUGGCGCGCGACUCCGGGUUCGGUCACGGCCAGGACGAGUCGUUGUCUGUUUAUCGGCAUGCGGACGUCGUGCGCAUCACGAGUAACACCACCGAUCUGAAACGGUGGCGGGGAGUUGACGGGGUUAAUGGGUCCAUCGCCUCGGCCAAGGGGGUCUUGGACACCGGGAUUACCCCGGCGGAGUACUGUCCCUUCUUGGACUAUAAUGUCGAGAGCCAGCUGGCCAAGUUUGGGUUGCAUAACGGUGGCCCGCAGGAUCGCUUCCUGUUGAAUGAAAAGUGGGAGAGCCUGGCGCUGGUGCCCGUGGAGCCGGGGCAGAAGAAGGCGUCCGCCCGCGAGAGGGAGUACUUUCUGUUUAGUUUGAGUGACAAUGACUUUAUUACACAGAAUGGUCGCAUGAACUUCGGUCGGUUCAAGUAUGCGGAUGAGUCGGGAUAUGACCUUGACAAUCAGGCACUGGUUUUCAGGGUGAAGAUAUCAUCGUAA